CGUCUGGGUUUGGCCUCUUGGUCCUGCGCCCCGAAGGCUUCAAAGAGGGGGUUCCCGCUCCAAACCGCCUAUCGGGCUUGAGCUGGUCUUCUUCCAAGGUUAUGACCGACGAAGCCUGGUGUGAUCCUCUUGAAGUGAGAAGACAGCGCCGGGUGGUGGAGAGGGAAGUGGAAAGGCAGCCUCUCCAGGUCAUACACGGAGACAUCGAACCAAUGUAAGAAAUGUGGAAAUACCUUCAGCCAAAAGUAAAUCUUCAUUCAUCAAAGAAUUCAUCCUGGAGAGAGAUCUUGUGAAUGUGGGAGAACUUCCAUUCAGAUGUCACACCUCAGUCAGCAGCGAAAUAGUAGAGGGGACAUCCCCUUUGCCUGUAAGGUAUGUGGGAAAAUUUUCAGUCACAAGUCCAAUCUCACUGAACAUGAACAUUUUCAUAAUAGAGAGAAGCCUUUUGAAUGUAAUGAAUGUGGCAAAGCCUUCAGCCAAAAGCAGUAUGUCAUUAAACAUCAGAACACCCAUACUGGAGAGAAGCUUUUUGAAUGUAACGAGUGUGGAAAAUCCUUCAGCCAGAAGGAAAAUCUCCUUACCCAUCAGAAAAUUCACACUGGAGAGAAACCUUUUGAGUGUAAGGAUUGUGGGAAAGCUUUCAUUCAGAAGUCAAAUCUCAUCAGACACCAGAGAACGCACACCGGAGAGAAGCCCUUUGUGUGUAAGGAGUGUGGAAAAACCUUCAGUGGCAAAUCAAAUCUUACUGAGCAUGAGAAAAUUCAUAUAGGUGAGAAACCCUUCAAAUGCAGUGAAUGUGGAACAGCUUUUGGCCAGAAGAAGUACCUCAUAAAGCAUCAGAACAUUCACACUGGAGAGAAACCCUAUGAAUGUAAUGAAUGUGGAAAAGCCUUCUCUCAAAGAACAUCACUUAUUGUACAUGUGAGGAUUCACUCAGGUGAUAAACCUUACGAAUGCAAUGUUUGUGGAAAAGCCUUCUCUCAGAGUUCAUCUCUGACUGUGCACGUGAGAAGCCAUACAGGUGAGAAGCCCUAUGGUUGCAACGAAUGUGGGAAAGCCUUCUCUCAGUUCUCAACCCUUGCUCUGCAUUUGAGAAUACACACAGGUAAGAAGCCUUAUCAGUGUAGUGAGUGUGGGAAAGCUUUUAGCCAGAAGUCACAUCACAUUAGACACCAGAAAAUCCAUACACAUUAAAAACCCUGUGAGUAUCUUGAAAAUCAGAAAGCAUUCAUCAUUGUGCACCUCAUCAUACAGCAGAAAGGAUCAGUUGUGAAGGGAAACAGCACAGAUGAGGGGAACAGAAGCUAAAAACUUAAAGGACACCAGAAAAUCCAUACUGAAGAGAGACAAUUGUAAUGACUAAAGCCUGUGCCUACAAAAGUCCUAGUAAAGGUAAUGCUGACAAUUCAGGCACGUUUCCACUAAAACUGGCAACAGGAAACAUGCUUGCCACCACUGCCAUCUGCAGAGGCCCGGAGGUGGCCACCAGCAUCACAAGAAAAUUAAGUUCUAAGUACCAGAAAGGAAGAGACUUCUAUGAUAAUGAUUUUAGCAGAACAGAAGAGAUUCUAGAAACAUGCUUUUAUUAGAAUUUAGAAUAUGUAGAAAUGGCAUCAGGAAGUAAGGUGAUUGUGGAACUUUUCAAAAAAUGAUUUGGAGGUACUUUUUUCUCCAAGGAAAAACAGUAGACCAUGAUCUCCAAGCAAAGAUUAUAUCUAAGAUGAUUAAAACAUAUGAAAAUACUAUCUAUACUAUAACAGCUGUGACUUCGGGAAGAGGAAAACAUUCCUUGUGAUAAAUUCAAAGAUGCCUGGCAGCUCCACUGAGUGUGUGCUCCGGAGACACGCGCCGGGCUGUGGCUGCGGCAUGACAUGUAGUAGCCGUAUUGGCAACAACUUAAAUGCCCAUCAGGGUCAAAAAUGGGAAAUACUUAAUGAUACUGUAUAUCUAACCUGCUUCACAGGAGGUUUCGCGGAAUGCAGAGAAAGAUCUCGACACGUAGAGGGAGAGGGGGAAGUUGUGGAAUGACGUUGCUGACAAUUUUGUAAAUUUGAAUUGAAACUUCCCUCGUAAGAUUCAGUACUAUAUAUUGAUAAUGGAUAUAUAUGUAUGUGGUUUUUGUUUUUGUUUUUUUUUUUACUGUUUUUGAAAUGGAAGGAUACAGACCAAACUCUUGGUAGUGGUUGCCUGUGAAGAGUGACGGAGGGAAGGGAAUGAGUGUGGGAGGAGGGAUGGGGACUGGUCAACGGGGACUUGAGUUUUAUAUAUAACCAUCCAUUUCUCUUUUAAAAAAACUGCAAGUAAAUAUAUCAAAAUACUAGAUAAUUCUGGAUUGUGGUAUAUGGAUAUCUUGUCUUAUUUUUUGUACUUUUCUGUAUUUUUAAAUUUUCUCAAACUUAUUAAGGAUGGGGGUGAGGAUGGGAACACUACCUGUAGAAAUUGUGUUCUAAUGGAUUCAUUCCCGAUCAAAGUACUAAACUUUUUAUAGAAAAUAUUUCUAAAAUUUUAUCAGUAAUGAGUGGGUGGACUUGCUCUUUGCUCUCUAUGUAAUAUGAAAUUAUCUAUUUUAUUAAAAUUAAAAAUAGC